AUGAACAGUACCGGCACCUCUCUGGGGGACCGGGUUGGCAGUGGCGUGAUGGGUCUGUGCUUCGCAUUGGGCAUCCCUGGAAACAUCAUGACUGUGGUUUUCAUAUUGCGCCACUUCAAGAAGGACAACUUCUCCCUGCAUCUCAUGCUGAAUCUGGCCGCGUCGGACAUCUUGUGCCUGAUGACCCUGCCGGUGUGGAUCUACUACCUCCUGAAUGGCUGGAUAUUUGGCCCUGUCUUCUGCAAGGUCCUCUUCACCCAGGGCACGGUUGCCAUGAACACCAGCGUGUUCACCGUGACUCUGAUGAGCGUUCAGAGGUACGUGACGGUUCUGCACCGGGACCGGUGGGCCCAGCUGCGGAGGAGAGGGGAGCGGGUUCUCCUGCUGUCCACGUGGGUUCUGGCGUGUGUGCUGUCCAUCCCGAGCGCACUCACUGCCGACGCCAGGGCAGUGGAGUCCAAACUGAAAUGCCGUCGGUGGUCCGCGUCGGACGAGCAGAGACUCGCCAUUCUUUGCUUCGAGUUUCUUCUGGGGUUUGUUGUACCGUUUUCGAUUCUGGUGACUUGUUACUGUCGUCUUCACAGAAAAGUCAACAGGGGUGUUUUUUUCAGGAACCCACGACUGACCAAGCUGAUUACCAGAAUCAUGCUGGUUUUCUUCAUUUUCUCAUUUCCGGUGUAUCUUCUGUUUCCGGUGGAGAUCGUAGCACUUGCCCUCAAAUCGUCGCACCCCCACGUUUCUGAGAAAAUAAUGGACUUCCAGGAGGCAUCUGCCAACGUCGCCAUCAGCCUUAUUUUCAUCAACAGUUGUGUGAACCCUUUUCUUUAUGCCUUUGCAUCCAGGAAGCUUUUUGCAGGUGCUAAGAAGCCCAACAGUAGUGGCAAUUCAAGUCAAGUCGAUCGUGUUUGUGUGGCCCAGAGCGCUCCACAAUCUCUGUGUGACUGAUGGCGGCAUAAUAGUGAGUUGACAUGGAAUUCAGCUGCGAUACAAACCUGUUGAUAGACAUGUGGUGGGAUGUUACAGUAUUUGUCUAUAAUGUGUAUUAGUGAAUAUUGUGUGCAUUCCUUCCAAUGGUGAUUGCACAGCACAGUGCAUUAGAUGAACUGUGUAGUGUUGUAGCAAGUGUUUAAUGAAAUAAUACAACAAUGUUAGUGGAUGAUCUAGCACUGUGGCUAUAGGCUAAACAAAAUAAGUCGAAGAUAAGCAUCUCAAAUGUGAAGUAUGUCAAAGCUUGCCGUACACUGUACGAUUUUGAGUCCUA